AGCUGUGACGAAACGUUUAACCGCGAAUUCAGAAGCGAAUUAUUGAGGUUAAAUUUGGCAGGACUGACUCCGUGUUGGAAGCUUUCUUGUGGAUAUCUCUCAUCCGGUACUAUGAACAGACAAACUUUUCAGGCAUUUGGCCAAAUCAUCUUAACCCUCCUGGUGACAACAGUCCCGGUCUUUCAGAGUGGGAAGGUUCUUGUCUUUCCUGUAGACGGCAGUCACUGGGUCAACAUGAACAUCUUGGUGAAGGCCCUUCACGCCAAAGGUCACAACAUCACAAUCAUUCGGACGUCAGACAGCUGGUACAUCAAAGAAUUCUCACCUCAAUACACAUCCAUCACUCUGGAUUCUCCUGGAGGGAUUGAUGAAGGAUUCAUCAAGGGAUUUGCAUCAAGACUGCUGAACAUUUUAAGGGGCGGUUCCAUGUGGGCUCGUCUGAAGCUGGAAAAAGAGUUGUGGGAAAAUAUUUCACAAAUGGAAAGUGAGAUGAUUGUAAGCUUGUUUGAAGACCAGAAGCUUCUGCAGUCCCUAAAGGAAUCCAACUAUGAUUUGAUGCUCACAGAUCCAGUCAGGUUUGGAGGUGUAAUACUGGGGCAUUAUCUUAAACUGCCAAUCGUCUACAAUGUCCGUUGGACUGUGUACAAUGAGGCUCAUUUUGCAAUAGCUCCUUCACCGCUGUCUUAUGUACCUCUUCCAAUGCUGGAGUUAUCAGACCGCAUGACCUUCUUAGAAAGAGUGAAGAAUAUUGUGAUGUACAUCAUAACUGAAACACAGGUCGCGCUCAUGAUCGCUCCAUAUUAUAAUGCACUAUGUGAACGCUACAUCGGUCCAGGAACGUCCUACUUUACUUUAAUUCAAAGCGCUGAUCUGUGGCUCCACAGGGUUGAUUUUAUUUUUGAGUUUCCACGGCCCACUAUGCCAAACAUUGUCUACAUGGGUGGCUUUCAGUGCAAGAAAACGAAGCCUCUUCCAAAAGAUCUCGAGGACAUUGUGCAGAGCUCUAGAGAUCAUGGUGUCAUCGUCAUGUCUUUGGGAACUCUCAUUGGUCAGCUUCCUGAUGAUGUGGCUGAGGCCGUUGCUGAAGCUUUUGCAGAACUUCCACAGAAGGUCAUCUGGAGAUAUAAAGGAAGGAGACCAUCUGCACUGGGGAACAACACCUUAAUAAUGGACUGGAUACCUCAGAAUGAUCUUCUGGGUCAUCCUAAAACCAGAGCUUUUGUAGCUCAUGGUGGAACCAAUGGAAUUCAAGAAGCCAUCUAUCAUGGGGUACCAAUCAUUGGAAUUGGGCUGAUCUUUGACCAGCCCGAUAAUCUUUCAAAGAUGAGAGUCAAGGGUGUAGCCAAGACUGUAGACUUUGGCACAUUGGAUAAGAACUCUUUCCUUGAAACUGUCAAAGAGGUUCUUUAUGAUCCCAGUUAUCGGGAGAACAUGCAGAGACUCUCAAGACUUCACAGAGAUGUUCCAGUCAAGCCUCUGGACAACGCCAUCUUCUGGAUUGAGUUUGUCAUGAGGCACAAAGGUGCCGCUCAUUUACGCACAGAGUCGUACAAAAUGCCCUGGUACUCAUAUCAAUCUGUUGAUGUAAUACUGUUACUAAUGUCUGCUGUGAUGCUCAUAACCCUGACCACAUAUGCACUUAUAAGAUAUUUAUGCUGUAGAAUAUGUCUUAGAAAAACAAAAAACAAACUUGAAUGAUUUUAAUAACAAAUGUACAGCUGACGUUUUUCCUGUGAUGUGCUCAAAUUAGCAUAGACAUGCUAUAGCAAUUACAAAAUGUCUGUAAACACUGUAGAUCACAGACACCUUUGGGCUUUAAAAAAGACAGUUUUUAAAUUAAAUGUUUAGUGUAAUUUGCAUGUCAUAGAAAGUAGUCCAUUGUGAUUGGUACAGGUUUCUUUCGAAGGUAUCAGUGUUUUGCUGAUAUUUUAAUGCAUAUAAAGUCAGAUAUAUACAGUAAUAUAUUUAAAGUGAUUUCUCUCUUUAGUUCCCUGUUUUAACUGUCAUUAGAUGUGAAGGUUGUACAGUAUACACACCCAUGAAAAAACUUAAGAGACAAUUACAAAGACCAUUUUCAGUUUGACUGAAUUUGUUUAUAUGUAUGUGUUUAGGAAAAAUUAUCGUUUUUGUUAUUUUCUGUGACCUACUGACAAUAUAUCUCCCAAAUUUCAAAUAAAAAUAUUGUUUCUAUUUGCAUUUAUUUACAGAAAAUGAAAAUUGGAGAAACAGGUCAAAAUAACAGAAAAGAUGCUCUGUUUUUUCAGACCUCAAAUACUGCAAAGAAACAAGGUCAUAUUUACUUUUAAGCAAUACAUCUGUAAUAUAUGAACAUGUAUUUAGGAAAAGUAAAAAAAAAUGUGAUAACCUGGAUUUUAAUCAUAGUUUUCAUGUGUCUUGUCAUUCCAUCUUUUACAUUUCUGUUGGAUGACUUUAUCACCCCUUAGGUUUGAUUUUGUGGAAAUACUCUUAAUUUUUUCUGCGGCUGUACAUAAAAACAUCUUUGCCACUCAAGGGCUAUAAUUUGACAUCAUCAUGAAAUGUUGUAAAAAUUUGUAUCCUGUUAUUUAUUUUCCUUUACUGUUGUUACCUGUUUCUAGAAGCUGAUGUACCUUUAUCGGAUUGUGUUUGGCCCGACACCCAAAAAGAGACUUCUUAUUUUAUAUCACAGUGUUGUAAUGCUGAGCGGUACAGUAGUUUAUUCACAAGAUCUCAAGGUUAAUGCCCUUCGCCCCUUUACAGAUUGUUGAAUGAACCUUCACUCUGUAAUGCAUGCAUAGUAAUGCUGAGAGAGCUGAACCUGUGCUUGCACCUUUAGUUUUGUCACUUACUGUAUACUGGACUCAAUACUGUAUAUGUUUUGCGGGUAAUGGUUUGCGUGCUUAAUAAUCAUGGGUAAGAACGUUUUUAUACAAAUUGAAACAGAUGAUGCCUUUAAUGUUAUUAUACAGGUUUGAUAAUCAUGCAAAAGUAGAUCAUUUUAUUUCUCUUAGAAAAUCUUACAGUAAUGUGCACUGUGAUUUAGUGCUGUUUUAUAUUUUGGCAAAUUAUAAGGUUCUAUCUACAUUCUGAGCAGUUUUGAAAUAUUGAGCUUCAAAGUUUUUGCAUUACAUUUGACUUUCUAGAUAAUGUUAAUAAGUUGUCACAGAAUAAAAAUAUGCAAAUAACUCAAUUGUGACAAAAAAGUCAGACAGAACCUUACAGUAUAUUGCAACUUGCAAGGUGACGAUUUGCCUUUCACAGGGUUUGUACAGAAUCAGGAUCAAUUCAGUAGUUUGAUCAUGUUCACAACAGAGAAGCAAGCAAUUUCAUUCCAGAUCAUCAACUGAGGAAGUUUUAAUACUGUGUGCAAAAUUGCAAUGAAUUUUAUUGCAAUAAUCAUUUGAUUUUUUUUGUGAAAAACAUUUUAUUCUGCAAAAAUGUUUGUGAAAGUUGUAAAAGGCUUUACAUGGUUUAAAUGAAUAAAGUGAAUCUUUAGAUGCUGUAUUCAUGUUUUCAUAAAAUUGUAAUAUGCGUCAGUUAAAACAGUGACACAAAAUACUUAAUAGGCAGUAGCAUAAUUUUCUUUAGGAUAAGACAAUUCUGAACAAGUAUGAUUUCUCAUUUUUGUCCACAUUUGAGGUGAAAUUGAACAGACUGAAAUUUAGUUGACUGUCUUUAAAUUCAAAGCAAAAAUUUUUGAAAAUAAACUGUUCUUGACCUUCAUCUGUUCUCUGAUGUAAGUCUAUAGUAGACUUCAUGAUAAACAGAUUUUCAAAAGUCCAUAAGUAAAUC